AGAAAACAAGCUCAGGAAAUAGUGGUGGAGAGAAGAGUUAGUGCGGUAAAGGGGCGGUCCUACUGUACUCAAAUGAAGGGAUAUGUAUAUUUACCCAAUAUCUUGCUCACUGCUGAGUCAAACCAAAGCAGCAAGGAUACAGCUCGUGUCUGAAGACCAGAAAGGACAUUUUUAUUGAGGGUCGAUUUUGGGAUAGGAAGACACAGCCGUGUGGUUUUCAACCAGUUUUGUUUGUGAGUAAAAAAAAAAAAAGGAUGCUUUAGUCGGGUCUCUCGAGCUCUCGCCUGGAAAAAAGGAAGAAGUGACCGCUAUUGUUUUGUGACAGGAGGUUUCUUUCGCAGUAUGUCACUGGAACACGCAAUUCUUGUUCACUAAAUGUACUAUUGAAUACGUGUAACUUGUUUGCUUAGACGUGUUUAAUAAGACGUCAAAUAGUGAAAAUAUAUUAUAGCACAAUGAAAUCACAAAUGUGCUAGUCGCAUUACCGGUCAAACGAGAUAGAAAGCUAUCUCAUCUAAUGUUUUGUUGUGGUUGCCCACAGCGCAAACUAGGCAUAUGUGUUUUUAUUUUACAAAAUUCGUUAGUGCGCAAGCAGCGCACGAGUGCCACAUUAUAAAUACAAAUACAUUGGUAUUCUGGACAACAGAAACAUGAUGAUGAUACAGAGCUAAAAACAAAGUUUACAUAAAGUGUAAGUGCACUGACUUUUUGUAUAUAUAAAUUAACCAUUUGUGUAGUGCGGUGCCCAUAACAUCUGAAAUCUCCAUUCGAUUUUUUAAGGGUUGAAUAGCUAUACCAGUAUACAGCAACAAGUCAAAAUAACUUGUAUCCGAUCAUCUUCGACAACUUUGGGUGAAGUGUGUUGUGCUGUCUUACCAACGCGCAAAUUGAGCCCCUGCGUCCAAGCGCUCUUUAGCUGUCAACUGAGAGCGACCGCAGGCACAGCUGCAGCAGCAAGUGUCAACGAGGACUGAACAACUCUUAUCGACAAAAUGACUGACGGACCAAGGCAACGAGGAUGUUCAGCGGCGUCUGGCGGGGAUGCUGGCCCCGAGUCCGGGAAAGAGUCCGGAGAAGGAGGGGUGACUCUGAAGAAAGAGAUCGGUCUUGUGAGCGCGUGCGGAAUUAUUGUUGGUAAUAUCAUCGGCUCUGGGAUCUUUGUCAGCCCUAAGGGCGUGAUGGAGAAUGCUAGCUCAGUGGGUCUGGCGCUGAUCGUGUGGAUUGUCACCGGCAUAAUCACGGCCAUCGGAGCACUGUGCUACGCCGAGCUGGGUGUCACUAUCCCCAAGUCAGGGGGAGACUAUUCAUACGUCAAGGACAUCUUCGGAGGACUGGCAGGGUUCCUGCGUCUGUGGAUCGCGGUGCUGGUGAUCUACCCCACCAACCAGGCAGUCAUCGCCCUCACCUUCUCCAACUACGUCCUACAGCCCCUCUUCCCAACCUGCUUCCCCCCGGAGAACGGACUGCGCCUGCUGGCCGCCGUCUGCCUACUUUUGUUGACGUGGGUGAACUGCUCCAGUGUGCGAUGGGCCACCAGAGUCCAGGACAUCUUCACAGCCGGCAAGCUGCUGGCCCUGGCUCUCAUCAUUAUCAUGGGCAUCGUGCAGAUCUGCAAGGGCGAGUACUUUUGGCUGGAGCCAGCCAAUGCCUUUGAUCCCUUCCAGGAGUACGACGUGGGGCUGAUAGCCCUGGCCUUCCUACAAGGCUCCUUCGCCUACGGAGGAUGGAACUUCCUCAACUACGUCACUGAAGAGCUGGUUGACCCCUAUGUGAAUCUUCCACGUGCCAUCUUCAUCUCCAUCCCCUUGGUGACGUUCGUGUACGUGUUUGCCAACAUCGCUUACGUCACCGCCAUGAGUCCUCAGGAGCUGCUGGCCUCCAACGCUGUUGCUGUAACGUUUGGUGAGAAGCUGCUAGGCGUGAUGUCAUGGAUCAUGCCCAUCUCUGUUGCUCUGUCCACCUUCGGAGGGGUCAACGGGUCCCUCUUCACCUCGUCACGGUUGUUCUUUGCUGGAGCCAGAGAGGGCCACCUCCCCAGUCUCCUGGCCAUGAUCCACGUGAAGCGUUGUACCCCCAUCCCUGCUCUGCUCUUCACUUGUCUGUCCACCCUGUUGAUGCUGUGCACCAGUGACAUGUACACCCUCAUUAACUAUGUGGGCUUCAUCAACUACCUCUUCUACGGGGUCACUGUUGCCGGGCAGAUCGUGCUGCGCAUCAAGGCACCCGACAUGCACCGACCAAUCAGGAUCAGUCUGGUAUGGCCGGUCAUCUACCUAUUGUUCUGGGCCUUCCUGCUCAUCUUCUCGCUGUACUCUGAGCCCAUUGUGUGUGGCCUCGGCAUGGCUAUCAUGCUGACUGGAGUGCCGGUCUACUUCCUGGGUGUCUACUGGGACAACAAGCCUGAAUGCUUCAACAGCUUCGUUGCCAAGAUGACCUACCUGGGCCAGAAGUUCUGUGUGGUGGUGUAUCCAGGGGAAACGAAGGGAGCAGGGAACGGGGAGGAGGGCGAGGAGCUGAAGGAGUCCCAGGCUCCUCUCUCGCAAGACGAUGGGGAGACACAAAAGUCUGCAGACUGCUAAACACACACCUUUAAUAGCCCCCCCCCACACACCACCACCGCCCACCAACUCCUCAACACACACACACACACACACACACACACACACACACACACACACACACACACACACACACACAGACACAGAGAAACACACUCUUAUUGAGGUAGAGUCAGAGUUUCAGGUAUAUCAUUAUGGCAGAGAGAGGAGUUAACACUCAUAGACUCGGAAAUACUCUUAGUGACACACACGGUUUUUAUGUGUUCACCCAUCUGAUUGUAUCUUUGUUUCAAUCACCAAUGUUGUGCCAAAUAGAGGAGAGGAGGAGGAGACCUAUAUAGACCUAUAUCCGGUCAUCAGUGUGCCACCUUUCAACGCUGCUUAUUGCAGAAGACAUAUCCAACCUGACAUCCUCACAGAUACACACUCAUCUUUUCAUCCUCUAAUCCUUUCAUUUACCCCCUUAACUACUCUUUUUUUCCCAUCCUCCUCAUCUUCCUCCACACACUCCCUGAACACUCCAUGAGUGAGAGAGCGCUGGCCAUUUUAAAGUACUCGUACUGUACUGUGGCAGAUUCAUCAUCAGCAUUGCUUUUGUGUUUUGUUUCUUUUUUGCCACAUUUUGAAUAGAAUUUGCCUUGUCUUACUGAAAACGCACCAACGCUGUAUUCCUUUAUCAAAACCAUCAAAUUCAGAUGAAUUCUUUGAAUGUUCUGUUUCAAAUACACUAAAUACUGUCUUUGAUUCCAAAA